AUGCUUCUUUGUUGUGGUUUUUGCUCUCCGUGGGGGUGUAGGAUGUUUUUGGACCCACUACACACGCGCCUCUUCUCUCUUUUACUUAUUUGUGCCCUUAGUCUCUUUUGGUUCCUCCUUCUCCCCUCAGUAAUUCAAAACGCGGAGAGGAGACGCAACACAAAGAAACAAAGAAGAGCAGCAGGAGCACCUUUACAAAAGGGGGGAGGGCGAAGGUCUGGGCUGUGCGGUACCGUAGAGGCAAUGGCGUGGCGUUACAGCGGGGUGGCGGGCAAUGGUACCUUUGGCCCUUCCCCGACCAGCCCCUUUUCGACAGCUAGCAUGCGCAACAAUGGGCAGGACAACGGGAACACAGGAUUUGCUGUUGGAAGCGGCGCCCUAUUUAGUGGGGCCUCAGCCAACAUUUUAGGUGCCGGAGCCUUUCUGCGCAGCAAUGCCCUCUCUUCUUUUGGGACUCAGAAGCAAGAAAUUGACGAGGAGCUGCGGAGUAAAGG